AUGGCGCUCCUGUGGCUCCUGUGCGCUGCUUUGCUGGACUUCGCCGCAGUCGGCCGCGGCGUGACGAUCCAUCACGAGCGCCAGGCACCUGCGUCUGAGCCUGGGCAGGAGGGCCACUACUUACAGGCGAGAAGCCCCGGUUGGAUCCAGAACGUCUCUCACGUGCUUCAUGUAGAGGGCAUUCAGAACCCAGAGGAGCAGACUGCAGUCGUUACUUUUGCAGGCAAGAAGAAUGUUGAGUACAUGGACGGGGCGGUCAUGCUUGGCAUGUCUGUGCAGAAGCACCUCCCAGGUUACCCCAUGGUGGCCUUGGCCAUCAUUGGGAUGAGACGUAAAUUCCAAUCGCUCUUGAGAAAUGCUAGCUGGUCUUUGACUUUUGUACCGAACUGGGAUUGGGAUUAUUGUGGACCAGACUGCGAUUCAGAUUUCCUGGGGCGCUGGCAUGAUAGUUUUGAAAAGAUCAAUGCGUUCAGGCUUCCCUUCAAGCGUGUGCUGUUUCUGGAUUCGGACACGUACAUUUUCAGCAGCAGGAUCCAGGAGUUGGUCAAACGCGAAAUGCCCGACGACCACAUUGCCCUCGCGAUGGACGGCUGCAAAGACGAGUUCAACAGCGGAGUGAUGCUUUACAGGCCGAGGCUCAGCGUGUUCAAACAAAUGCUCGAAUUGGUGUCGACUCGCAAGCGGGAGCAGAUCCUCGACCAGAACUUGGUCAACGAGGUGUACCGCGGCAGGGUGCAGGAGGUGCCGCGCGAGUUCAACUGCGUGGACACGAUGGGCGUCCAGCCGGGCCUUCGAAGGGCCUGCCAGACCCACUGCAGCGCGCGCGCCGUGGUGGCGCACUUCACUGGGCACCCGAAGCCCACGGCCGCGAAGAGGCGCCUCCUGGAGCUGGUGCGCCGCCCUGGGGCGCCCGCGAUCGCCUGCACGAACACGAACUUCGGACUCCCGAUCGUGCGCAAAGUGGUCGGAGUACUAUUGCGACAUCCGCAAGCACUUUGA